GGAAAAAAAGAGGGAGAGGGUGAAAUCAAGCCUAGACCAGAAACAGAAACACGAGGGUCUCCGUUGCGAGCAGACGUGACGUGACAUGCCCCCGGCGCCAUGGCCGACCCCUCGCUCCGUCCGGCAAGCCGCCGAGCUCCACGCUGUCCUCGUCGCUUCCGGGCGCCUCCUCCACCCGCCUUCAGCCUCCCACCUCCUCAACUCCCUUGUCAACUGCUUCACCCCCACCGACCCACUCCACCUCCGCUACGCGCUCUGCCUGUUCGACCGAAUGCCCUGCUCCACCUUCCUCUUCGACACCGCCCUCCGCGCCUGCUUCCGCGCCUCCUCAGGCCCCGAAAGCCCGCUCAUCCUCUACCGACGGAUGCGCCGCACGGGCGUCUGCACCGACGCCUUCACGUUCCACUUCCUUUUCAAGUGCUGCGCCCGCGGCCGCGCACACGUCCUCCUAUGCCAGAUGCUGCACGCCGCGUGCUUCCGUACCAUGCUCCCUUCUGCUGUGCCGCUCGUUUCCAACCCUAUCAUUCAUAUGUACGUUGAGCUUGGGCUCGCUGGCGAUGCCCGCCGGGCUUUCGACGACAUUCCUGUGAAGGACGCGGUUGCCUGGACGACGGUGAUCAGUGGGCUGGCCAAGUUGGGGCUGCUCGAUGACGCGUGGUGCCUUCUGAGACACUCCCCCGCGAGGAACGUGAUCUCAUGGACUGGUUUGAUUUCUGGGUACUCACGUGCUGGUCGGGCCGCGGAGGCUGUGGAUUGCUUCAACAGCAUGCUUUCUGACGGUAUUGAACCGGAUGAGGUAACUGUGAUUGGCUUGCUCUCGGCAUGUGCACAGCUGAAGGAUUUGGUGUUCGGCCGCUCACUGCACAAGCUGGUUGGGGAGAAGGGGAUGUUGAUGAGUGGCAAGCUCGUGGUCGCGCUCAUUGACAUGUACGCCAAGUGUGGUGACAUUGGUCGUGCAUGGGAGGUUUUUGACGCUUUAGGUAGGGGGCGAAGACCCCAGUCAUGGAAUGCAAUGAUUGAUGGGUACUGCAAGCUAGGCCAUGUUGACGUUGCACGCUAUCUGUUUGAUCAGAUGGAGGACCGUGAUCUCGUCACAUUUAACUCUUUGAUCACUGGGUACAUCCACGGUGGCCGACUUAGAGAAGCACUACUAUUGUUCAUGCAGAUGAGGAGACAUGAUUUGCGUGCUGAUAAUUUUACUAUGGUUAGCCUUCUAACGGCUUGUGCAAGCUUAGGUGCAUUGCCACAGGGCAGGGCCUUGCAUGCUUGCAUUGAGCAGAGGUUGGUAGAAGUAGAUAUUUACCUCGGGACUGCACUAUUGGACAUGUACCUGAAGUGUGGGAGGGUGGAAGAGGCAUCCCUUGUUUUCCAGGCGAUGAGUGUGAGAGAUGUUCACACUUGGAGUGCCAUGAUUGCAGGUCUCGCAUUCAAUGGGAUGGGUAAGGCUGCUCUGGAGUAUUUCUUUUGGAUGAAGGUUGAUGGUUUUCAGCCCAAUUCAGUUACCUACAUUGCUAUUCUGACUGCAUGCAGUCACUCAUGUCUACUGGAUGAAGGCCGUCUCUACUUUGAAGAGAUGAGAUUGUUACACAAUAUACGCCCUCUAAUUGAGCACUAUGGCUGUAUGAUAGAUUUGCUGGGCAGGAGUGGACUUCUGGACGAAGCUAUGGAUCUUGUGCGGACCAUGCCAAUGCAACCAAAUGCUGUCAUAUGGGCCUCCAUCUUGAGUGCUUGCAGAGUCCACAAGGACGCUAACCUAGCUCGAAAUGCUGCAGAGCAUCUUCUGAAGCUUGAGCCAGAUGAGGAUGCUGUCUAUGUCCAGUUGUAUAACAUUUACAUAGACUCUAGACAAUGGGAAGAUGCAUCACAAAUAAGGAGAUUGAUGGAGGAAAGGGGUGUGAAGAAAGCUGCAGGUUACAGCUCAAUUACUGUGGCUGGGCAGGUGCACAAGUUUAUAGUUUGCGACCGAACACACCCACAGAUAAUGGAGAUCACUGCGAUGAUGGAGGAGAUUACACGCAGGCUAAAGUCAGUGGGAUAUUCGCCUAUCACGUCACAGAUAACAGUGGAUGUGGACGAGGAAGAGAAAGAACAUGCACUUUUAGCACACAGUGAGAAAAUAGCCAUUGCUUUUGGCCUUAUUAGUCUAGCACCAAACCUGCCACUUCAUAUCAUAAAGAACCUCCGGGUCUGCGAGGACUGUCACUCUGCAAUCAAGUUGAUAUCAAGGAUUUGGAACCGGGAAAUCAUCGUUAGAGACCGGAGUCGGUUCCAUCACUUCAGGGACGGAACAUGUUCUUGCAAUGAUUUUUGGUGAUUACCAUUUUGUUAAGCACCAGUCUUUGUGUAAAGCUCUGAGGAUGAGGAAACACUUUAAAAAAAAUGCAAGAAUCUCACCUUUGGAGUAGCUUUGGGGUCUCAAUUUCUGGAGUAGUUAUGAAAGCCUCAAAGGAAAGCUGGCCAGUUUUGUCACACUGAUGAAAAUCACUUGCCCACUGGAAAUCUGCUCCUCUCCAUGCGCCCAUAAUCCAGGUGGAGAUCAAACUGAUGGAUCCAUGUUCUUCUCCUGUAAUCUGCAUGUCUGCCCUUGUUUCCUUCACUGCAGUCCUGUGAUUUGUGACUUGCCAUGUUUAUGAUCAGGCCAGCUCAGUGACUCUGAGGGCAUAGUCAAUAGCCUAAGUGGGCCGUAUAAACUGCUGAACAGCCAGCCCAGUGACUCAGGUGCUUUCUAUUCUGUGGUUGUUCAGGGUAAAAAAUGUAGACAGAGUGGUGGCGCAUCCACAGCCGCAAUUCCUUCCUCCUUGCUCAGUGAGGCAAAAUCGAACUUCUUCAGCUCUCUUCCAAGGCAUGGAGGUCACUUUUAUGCUGUGGCAAAGCACAUGGUGAACAUUUGCUGGGAAAGAAAGCUGCAAAUAUGAUGUUGGUUGAAACAUCCAUUUACUAUUUGGCAAGCAUCAAACUUCUUUUAUGAUAUUGGGAACGAAGAAAAUUCGUGAAGGGUUAAAGAGAUGCCAUUUGGGUAAGAAGUGAAGAUUAAUCCUUACAGCUUAUUCAAGAUGAGCCCUGGAUUUUCUUGAAACCAUAUGAACACUCUAGUUGGCUGCUCACUUGAGAAAACUAUGUUUGCAUCAUAUACAGAAGCAAAUGAAAAGAAAAUGUCACUGCAGCUCUCAGUGCAGGCACCAGCGAAAUGGGCGUGGUGUUGCAGUGCAGGGACGGUGGGACCGAUGCAGCAUUUCCUUUUUGAAAGGGGAUGAAGCAUUUCAGUGUGAUGGGUGUUAUGAUUACUAUUGUACAGGAUCCGGGUAGAAGCAGAGCUGCAGCCUGCAGCCUGCAGGUGGAUACAUCGCAGCAGAGAGCUGGCGGCAAGCGCCUCUCUCCACUCAUCUCUCUUUUGGAAUUUCUUAUGCAAAAGUUCUUGUUGGGCCUUAGGCUUAUAAUUCACUUUUGUAUAUAUUUUACCCUUCAACGAUAAUAUCAAAAAACAAAGUGAUUUCUAUAUACGACCUGAUUGGGCUGAAUAUUUCCGUGCA